AUGGUAUCUCGAUACAGAGAUAUUUUAGAACCACCAUGUACUCCUAGUCCUUUUUUCGAUACAACCAUAACUGGUGGCACAAGCAAAGAUCAUGGUAGCGGUUUGAGACAAGCAGAGGAAGAACCAGAUGUUGAGAAGAAUGGAGAGUUAUCUGAUCAUGGAGAUAGCAUUGUGAGUAAAAACGUUUUUAUCGGAGAAGAGUUGUCAGUAUCAUCAAACGAACUUCAGAGUAAUGUCUAUCGGCAGGAUCAUCUAAACACAUUUAAUGAUAGUAGCCUUGCGAAUCGUGAGUUAGAAACGGGUGAACGACGAGCUUAUCUCACAACCAAAUUACAAAAAGCCUUAGAAACAACCGCUCCACUACUGCGGGAAAUACUAACUGAUUUUCGUUCAUAUCUUCAAAAAACGCUGUUAGGUACCCACGGACAGGAAAUCAUGAAUGAUACCAAAGGUCGUUUAAUGGCGCACGCAACGCGAGAUCAUAUCUUACGCGUUGCCAAUGAAGCUGAUUUCAUAUUGAAUCGUCUGCGAGCUGAGGAUAUCAGCAAGCAUGCUCAGUUUGAGAGUGAUGCAGCUGAACAGUUGCAUCGACGUCGGAAGGAGGAACAAGUUAAUGAUCAUUUGGUUAUGGCUAAUCGACGAAGAGAUCUUCUUGUAUCGGCACGUUUGUUGGAUAGGUUAACGUCACUGCUAUCAUAUCCCGGCGGUGCGUGGAAUGAUCCAGAUCAACACUUAGAGACUUUCUGGAAACUGGAUGUUUGGGAAGACGAUUCUAGGCGACGUAAACGUUUCGUACAGAAUCCUUACGGCUGCCAUCAUCCAGUAGCUUGUCUCAAAACUAUAUUAGAAAAUAAGUCAUCUGAUAAAGAGGCUGAUAAAGCUCGUGAAGACUUACUACGCGAUUUAGUAGCACAACGUUUAGUUUCUGUAGGAUCGCUGAAAGCUGGUUCUGCUUUAGGUGAGCUUGUCGAUGAAACUGAUUUCGAUAAAUGGGCCACUGAACCUGACGUUGCAGUCGAUUUGCAAAGAGAAAAAACAACUUACGGAACGGCAGCAAAGUUGAUUGCACCAGGUAUUGUUAUACCAGGCACUCUUUCCAUAACGAAUUAUGAACUAUUUUUUGAUGCUGACGAGGAUGACCCACUAUACAAGGAGCAAGACCCUAAGGUUACUUCAGAACUAGAAUUACUAAGGUAUCUUAAUUCUAAGACUAGCCAAAUUAAUUCAUCUUGA